AUGAAAUCAACACGUGAAGAAAAAAUAGCAGAGGAACACAUCAACUUUAUUGCCCAAAACAUUUUUCCCAAAGCACUAACACUAGACGAGAUCAAAACAGCUACAAAAACUGAUUCUGUGCUACAAAGAGUGAUUGAACUAAUCAAAUCAAACAAAUGGAAAUUAGUGAAAAAUAAUAAAACUUGCAACUCAAAUGAACAAGCAACCAAGAAACAACUCCAGUCGUUUGCUGCCAUACAGCAAGAACUAUCUGUAACUUCAGAUGAAGGCAUCGUACUUCGAGGUACUCGAAUUGUAAUUCCUGCUAUACUUCAAAGAAAAACUUGUCAACUCACGCACCAAGGUCAGCAAGGCAUUGUAAAAACGAAAAAGCUUCUACGUCAAAAGAUAUGGUUCUAUGGAAUUGAUUCCAUGGUCGAAUCGAUCAUAAAAUCAUGUUUACCCUGCCAAACGGCAACUCCUGAAAAUACACUUCUGAAAACUCCAUGGGAUGAAGUAUGUGCUGAUUUCAUUGGCCUGUUGCCAUCUGCUGACUAUCUGCUAAUUGUGUAUGAUGAAUACUCUCGGUAUCCUGAAGUAGAAAGAGUAACAUCAACCUCAAGCAAUGCAACAAUUCCUGUCUUUGACAAAAUCUUUGCAACUCAUGGAAUCCCAAGUAUUCUAAAAACAGAUAAUGGACCUCCAUUCAACAAUGAUCAAUUCGAGUUGUUUGCACAGCAUCUUGGAUUCCAUCAUCGUAAAGUAACACCAUACUGGUCAAGAGCAAAUGGUGAUGCAGAACGCUUCAUCAAAACAUUGGAAAAAGCUCUUCAAACAGCCGAAGCUAAAGAAUACCAUGGAAACAAGAACUGUAUAAAUUCUUAA